AUGGAUAGUAUAGCAGAUGAGGCUGUGAGCCUUGCGCUGGCGCUUCCUAAUACGUUUGACCGCCAAAAAGUUUUGGCAAGUCUAAGUGUCGAGCUUGCGAAUCGAUUUGAGCUCACAGGUCAAUUGGAAGACCUGAGUGGCUCCAUCAAGGCUUCCAAGGAAGCAAUUGGUCUAGGGCAGGCAGAAGACUCCCAGCAAGCAAUAUGGUUCACCAAUCUGAGUGUCAACCUGGGAAGGCGGUAUGAUCGUUUAGGACAACAGGAAGAUCUAGAGGAAGCGGUCAGAGCGGCUGAGGAAGCUGUGAGACUCAGCCACACCGAACAUCCAAGCAGGCUGUUCUGCCUUUAUAAUCUCAGCAACAACUAUGGAAGACGUUACACUUCUUACGGCCGAAUGGAGGAUUUGAAAAAUGCAAUCUGUAGGGCAGAGGAAGCAGUACAGAUCGUGGCAGCCGACGAUCCAAUGUUAGCCUUGGUUAUAAAUCACCUGGGGCGUGUGCUUCAUGUUCGAUACGAACGAACAGGGGAGCUGGAAGACCUGCAAAUGGCCAUCCGACACGCAGAGAAAGCGGUGCAGCUUCUUCCCAGCGAUCAUGCGCAUCUACCUCAGUGCUUAUCCGAGUUAAGCGGAAACCUUGGCCUGCGAUACCAGCGGACUGGAGCUCUGGAAGAUAUAGACCAGGCAAUAUUCAGGGAAGAACAGGCCCUGCAGCUCACACUUGACAAGGAUCCGCAGCAAGCACAGCAAGCUCGAUAUUUAAACGGCCUGGGCAACCUGCUGGAAAGCAGAUACGAGCGCACCGGCCAGUUGCAAGACUUGGAAGCCGCGAUUAACAAAGCAGAAAUGGCGUCAAAGCUGCUACCGAAAGGCCAUCCGUUCCGGGCCUUGUAUCUCAGCAACUUAAGCAACAAAUUCGCCAUGCGAUAUGAGCGAACCGACCGACUGGAAGACCUAGAAGAAGCUAUUUCUAAUGUCCGAGAAGCGGUGCAACUGCCUCGAAUUGAUGAGCACGGCCUCGCAACAUCACUUAGCAACCUAGGCGUGCAGCUUCGAUGGCGGUACGAGCGUAUCGGCAAUAUGGAAGACUUGGAAGAUGCGGUAGCGAAAGCACGAGGAGCGGUACACUUGACUCCACCUGGUCAUUCUGAUCGGGCUCCGAUGAUGAGCAACCUAGGCUUGGUGCUUCAACGACGGUAUAUGAGCAUCGGGCAGACGUCAGAUCUCAUAGAAGCAAUUGACAUCGAGCAAAUCGCCGUGCUUCUUACCCCAUCCGAUCAUGCCAGCCUUGCAGGCAGGCUCAUCAACCUGAGUACGAAGUUUCAGAUGCUGUUUGAUCGAACUAAGCAAACAGAAUACCUUGACGAGGCUAUCAAAAAAGCAGAACGAGGAGUGCAAGCAACACCUUCAGAUCAUCCAGACCUGGCCAUGUACCUGAACAUACUAGGCCGCCAGCAAUACAAGUCGCCGAACCCAUUGCACCAUACAAGGGCGCUCGACUCAUUCCUCCGGUCCUGGAGUUGUGUCAAUGGUAUCCCUUCAAACCGGCUCCCCUCUGCAGUAGCCGCAAUCAAUCUACUUCAGGACCAGCAAGAUUGGAGCCGAGCUAGUGAGAUAGCGAAUGAUGCUAUCAGGGUUUUGCCCAUUGUCAACAAUCGGUCUCUGGCUCGAGACGAUCAACAGCACGCACUAUCUAUGUUUGCCGGGCUUGCCGCGACAGCCUGUUCUUUAUCUGUGCAAGCAGGGCGAGAUGUGAGUGAGGCGCUAGAAAUCCUGGAGCUCGGACGUGGCGCGAUCUUGGGACUUUUGAUCGACGAUCGUCGUGAUAUCUCGCAACUUUUACUGUCAUGUCCAGAAGAAGCGAAACUUUAUGAAAGUCUGCGGGCAGAGGUCAAUGUGCCGGCGGGAGAUCCACUCGAUGCUGGAGGACAGCAGCAGAAAGCCAAAUCUCGACAGGAUGCCGUGGUGAAUCUGGAGAAGUGUAUCCAUCGCAUUAGGGCUAUUCCCGGUCACGAAAGGUUCCUGCUAGGCGCUACUGCACAGGAAUUGCAACAGCAGGCCAAAAAUGGGCCUGUUGCGAUAGUCAACGUCACGCAGCUUCGUGCUGAUGCUAUACUCGUUUCCAAGUCAGGUAUCAACCUGGUACCUUUGCCAGACUUUUCGUUCCAGAGCAUUCAAGGAUGGAUUGACCUGGGUCUUACUAACUUCACUCGAAGUGACUAUGGAAAGAAGAACAAACUUUAUCGGGCAUUCCUGGCGUGGAUCUGGAAGGCAUGUGUCCAAGUGGUGCUGGAAAAGCUGGCGGACGAGCCACAGACGGGGGUGUCCAAAAGUCAUUGUCGUCGCAUGUGGUGGAUUGGCACAGGCGCCGCCUGCACGAUUCCUUUUCAUGCCGCUGGAGAUCAUUCCCCCGGCUCUGCACAAAAUACGUUCAGCCAUGCGAUUUCUUCCUACACGCCAACAAUCAAGGCGCUCGAUUUUGCCCGAGAACGAAUUGCGACAACCCGUGUGGCUGACAUGACUGUUGCUACUGCUACUGUCAACAAGAAAGCCCUCGCUAUAGUGUUGAUGCCGGAAACUCCAGGAGAAGCCGAUCUACCGUACGUCACUGGCGAAGCGAGCAACAUCCACACAUCAGCCGCAUCUGCUUUCAGUAUACAGGAGCGCAGCUGCCCCGAUGCCGACGAGGUGCGGGAGCGGCUGCAAGAGUGUCACAUCUUCCAUUACGCUGGACACGGCCUAUCCAACCCUAAGGACCCCUCGGACGGGUGCUUGGUGUUGCAGAAACGAGCGCAGCCACCCAGCAAGCCGAUCCAGGAUCGCCUUACGGUUGGACAAAUUUCAGAUAUGUAUUUGCCCCAUGCCCAUCUCGCCUAUCUCUCUGCUUGCUCGACAGCGGAGAACAGCGCGACGGGAUUGUUGGACGAAGUCAUCCACCUGGUAAGCGGCUUUCAAGUGGCCGGAUUUGGACAUGUGAUUGGGUCCAUGUGGCCAUCGGCGGACGGCGUGUGCGCAGAGGUGGCGCGAGAUUUUUACGCGAAGCUUUCCCAGGAAGACAAAAUGUUGAGCAGAGAUGGAAGUAUAGCAGCGGCGUUGCAGGCGGCUGUGAUCAAGGCGAAGGAAAGAUACAGUGGGCAGCCUUUGCUAUGGGCCCAGUAUGUUCAUUUCGGGGCUUGA